UGACUAAAAAAAAAAAAAAUUCCCAUUCCUCCAUAGACCAAACUGACCUUAGGGUUUAUAUAUUUGCCCUUGCUUCUCUUCACCAUAAAAGGCUGUAGCCGGGCGCUGUCUCCCCUUUUCACUCCCUCAGCAGAUCGAGCAGCAGCAGCAGCAAUGGCCUUUGUUAAGGCUCAGAAAACCAAAGCUUACUUUAAGAGGUUUCAGGUCAAGUUUAAGAGAAGAAGAGCGGGGAAGACCGACUAUAGAGCCAGGAUUCGCCUGAUCAAUCAGGACAAGAAUAAGUACAACACUCCGAAAUACCGUUUUGUUGUGCGAUUUUCCAAUAAGGACAUAGUUGCACAAAUAAUAUCGGCUAGUAUUGCUGGAGAUAUGGUUCUCGCUUCUGCCUAUUCUCAUGAGCUUCCUCGAUAUGGUCUGGAAGUGGGGCUUACAAACUAUGCAGCAGCCUACUGUACUGGACUUCUGUUGGCUCGUCGUACUUUGAAAAUGCUUGAGAUGGAUGAGGAAUAUGAGGGAAAUGUGGAGGCUACUGGGGAGGACUUCUCAGUUGAACCAGCAGAAAGCAGGAGGCCCUUCCGUGCUUUACUUGAUGUUGGGCUGGUCAGGACUACAACUGGAAACCGUGUAUUUGGUGCUCUCAAGGGAGCACUAGAUGGGGGUUUGGAUAUUCCUCACAGUGAUAAGAGGUUUGCUGGAUUUUCGAAGGAUGGCAAACAACUUGAUGCAGAAGUUCACCGAAAGUAUAUCUAUGGUGGUCAUGUUGCUGCAUAUAUGAGGACAUUGAUGGAGGAUGAGCCAGAGAAAUACCAGCUUCAUUUCAGUGAAUACCUCAAGAGGGGGAUUGAGGCAGAUGGUAUGGAGGAGAUGUACAAGAAGGUUCAUGCAGCAAUUCGAGCAGAUCCCACUGCCAAGAAGUCAGAAAAGCAACCACCAAAGGAGCACAAGAGGUACAAUUUGAAGAAGUUGACAUAUGAGGAAAGGAAAGCUAAGUUGAUUGAACGAUUGCAGGCACUCAACUCUGCAGCUGAUGAUGAGGAUGAUGAAUAGAAGUAUAAUAUCAGCAUUUAUGCUUCAAUAUGCCAAAUUUUCCUUGGCACACAACCUGAAGCUUUUUUUUUUUUUUUCAUGUUCUGAUUGAUUUUUUUUAUAUCACUUAGUGUAUUGCUGACUGUAACGUUUUGGGUAACGAGAUUUUGGAUGUCUUGGCGGAUGAUGCAUUUGCUUAUUUGAUUCUGUACUCACCUUGCACCCUGUGGUUCUGGUUUAUGGAUCCUGUAUGAUUGACUCCUCGAAUACUAUUUGCUAUCUCAUUUAUAGAUACCAAGGAAUAAUUUAUUCAGGAUA